AAUGGCUCCGUUCCGAGCCAAUCACCGGAAACUCCGGUAGCUCUCGAGGUCUCCACGAAACCGAAGAAGAAUAAGUUCGCCUUGGCUUGUGCUAUGCUUGCUUCCUUAACUUCCAUGUUACUCGGUUAUGACGUAGGAGGGAUGAGUGGAGCUAUAAUGUUCAUUAGAGAAGAUUUGAGAAUCAGCGACGUUCAGAUCGAAAUCAUCGUCGGUGUACUCAACUUGAACUGCCUAGUUGGCUCGAUCGUUGCCGGAAAAGUUGCAGACUGGAUUAGUCGCCGAAAUACCAAGGUGUUGGCUAAUGCCAUUAUCUUUGUCGGAUCUCUCUUCAUGGGCUUCUCCGUCAACUACACUUUCCUUAUGGUCGGAUGUUUCAUCGCCGGUAUCGGCGUCGGCUUUGCCAUUAUGAGUGCUAUUCUUUAUAAUGCUGAAAUCUCCCCUGCUUCAUCUCGUGGUUUUCUCACCUCGUUCCCUGAGGUGUGUAUCAAUGUUGGGAUACUAUUCGGAUAUGUUCCGAACUAUGCAUUUUCGAAGCUGCCGUUAAGCAUAGGAUGGCGGUUGAUGCUCGGCAUCGGAGCCAUCCCUUCCGUUUUCUUAGUUUUUGCAGUCUUGGCGAUGCCGGAGUCGCCGCGUUGGUUGGUCGUGCAAGGUCGACUCAGUGAAGCCAAGAUUAUGCUUGAGAAAACUCUGGACACGAAAGAGGAAGCUCAGCUUCGACUAAACGACAUCAAAGAAGCUGCCGGAAUCACCCAAGAUUACGUCGGCGACGACGACGUCGUCCCGAAGAAAGCUCAUGGAAAAGGGGUGUGGAGAGAAUUAUUUUUACAUCCCACGCCCGCCGUUAAGCAUGUCUUGAUUUGCGCAGUCGGGAUUCAUUUCUUCCAACAAGCCUCCGGAGUCGACGCCGUCGUUUUGUACAGUCCAAGGAUUUUCGAAAAAGCGGGGAUCACAUCGUCGAACGAGAAGCUACUCAUGACGGUAGCCGUCGGAUUUUGCAAGACAGUCUUCAUCUUGGUAGCCACGUUUUUGCUCGACAAAGUCGGACGUCGAUCUUUGCUCCUGUUCAGCAUCGGAGGCAUGGUGGCGUCGCUUACGACGCUCGGGUUUUCCCUAACGAUCAUCAACCAUUCAGAUUCAAAACUCACAUGGGCAAUCGCUUUGCGCAUAACCAUGGUUUUAGCUUACGUGGCAUUCUUCUCCAUCGGAAUGGGUCCCAUCACCGGAGUUUACAUGUCGGAUAUCUUCCCGCUGAGGCUGCGCGCGCAGGGCGUGAGCAUGGGAGUGGCGGUGAACAGGGUGACGAGCGACUCAGUCAUAUCGAUGACUUUUAUUUCGUUAUACGAAGCCAUAACCAUCGGCGGUGCUUUCUGCUUGUUCGCCAGCAUCGCCUCCGUCGGAUGGGUGUUUUUCUACUUGUGUAUGCCGGAGACAAGAGGAAAAACGUUGGAGGAAACCAAAAAGCUUUUCGGUAAACUGGUAGGUUGGAGGGAGGUAACUAGGAAGAUGAAGUCAACAGUACUGGUGGAACCACUAACGGUCACAUUCCAUUAG